GCGCGUGAGCGAGCGCAGUGACGCCAUCAGCGCGCGCGCGCAGCCGGGCCUUUGGCGCCAAGAUGGCCGCGCGGCGGCGGGAAGCGUCGUGAAAGGCAACGGGGGAGCCUCGUUAGGCCCGGAACAUGGAUAUCCGUAAAUUCUUUGAAGUUGUAACUCCAGGAAAGAAACCUGAAUGUGGCAUUGUGAGAAAGGAGAAACCCCAGAAUAAAGAGAGGAAUUCAGGGGGAACGUCAACGCUGAAAGAAAUCAAGGUGAAAAAUUCAUCUCACGAAGAGGAUAUCAAGCGAAAACAGGUGAACAAGAAAAAAAGGAUAAUCUAUGAUUCAGAUUCUGAAGAGGAGGUACCAUUAAUCAAAAAAUCUAAGCCGCCAGACAGAAAGUUAUCUUCUAAACCUGCUAAGCUGCUAAAGACGGAGCCUGUGGUUUACGUUUCAGAAACAGAUGAAGAUGAGGACUUUGUUAAGAAACCCCCUCCGAAAGUUAAACUGCUGGAGACGUCGGUGAAAAUGAUUCACAGAACGACGGGAACAUCCCAGCCAGAUUCCAAACCCAAAGUCAAAAAUAAACCCUUAUCUCCUGUAAAACUGACGCCCAUAUCCGUCCUGGAUUACUUUGGGACUGGGAGCAUCCAACAGUCGGAGACAAAGCUGGUAUCAAGCAAACGAAAAGAAUCUUGGCAAAGCAAGGAUCCCACCAUCAACGAUGCGGCUAUCGCUAAAGAACUACAGCUGGAAGAGAAUUCGCAGCGGGAAAGACAAUUGCACGAAGAUGAAGAAUUUGCACAAACGUUGGCUAUGUUGGAUGAGACGCCCAGAAAGAAAAAGCCGCGAAAAGAAGAAUUUCAACAGUCAAAAUCGGGCGAAGCAGGAAAAAACAAACAAGCUCAGAAAGGGAAAGCUACCGCUUCCGCCUUAAAUUCCCAACCUGAUUCCGCAAAGGAUCAGAUUCGUUCCAAAAGUGUUGGAGGGUUGAAUCUUCACCCUGAAUCUUCUGCUACGAAGGAAGAGGUGGACUGGGGGAAUAAGAGGGGUUCACCCAAGGCUUCCUCCAGGUCAACGCCACUCAAGCAACAAGCAGAGGCUAUCAAAACCGAAAAUGGGACCUCGAAGGGGGAGAACCUCAGGAGAGGAACUCCAGCAGGAAAAACCAUCUCGCCCAAAACCAAGACGCCGACAAAGGUGAAGGUUUCUCCCGAACAACCCAAGUCCGUCAGUCCCGAGGACUCUGUGGAAAAGAAGCGGAUAAAUUACACGGCCUACAGAAGCUUCCUCAAUCGAGAAGGUCCGAAGGCCCUCGGCUCUAAAGAAAUACCCCAAGGCGGUGAAAAUUGCUUGGAAGGCAUGACGUUUGUGAUUACCGGAAUCUUGGAAUCGAUCGAACGGGAUGAGGCCAAGUCUCUGGUCGAGCGCUACGGGGGGAAAGUCACCGGAAACGUCAGCAAGAAGACAAACUACCUUGUGAAAGGGCGUGACUGUGGCAUGUCCAAGUGUGAAAAGGGCAGCCUUUUCCUGUCCUUUAUUUUUUUAUUUUUAUGUUUUUUGAAGGCCAAGAGAACAAAGUCCAAGGUUGAAAAAACGUCCCCGGAAACGAAAGCUGACAAAAGGAAACCGAGCCCUACAAAGCCGGAUUCCGACUCCCGGAAAAAAAAACCUUUCCUUGUGGAAAACACGGAGCCUUUGAAACCCAUCAAACAGGAAGCCGGGCCAGUAAGGAGAGGGCUGGACUUCCUGGAGGAGGAGGAGGAGGAGGAGAGGAAGAAGAAGAAGCAAGUUCCCAAGGCGGAAAAGAGCUCGGCUCAUGAAACGGAUCAAAACAGAGAAGUGUUAUUGUGGGUGGACAAGUACAAGCCUACCUCUCUCAAAACGAUCAUCGGGCAACAAGGCGAGCAGAGCUGCGCCAAUAAACUCCUGCGUUGGCUUAAAAACUGGCAGAAGAAUUCUUUCGAAGACAAACAGGUCAAAUCCAGUAAGUUUGGAAGCAAAGAUGAUGGUGCUAGUUCCAAAGCAGCUUUGCUUUCUGGGCCCCCGGGAGUAGGCAAAACCACAACGGCAUCGCUAGUUUGUCAGGAACUCGGUUUGAGUUACGUGGAGCUGAACGCGAGUGACACCCGCAGCAAGAAAAGCCUGAAAGAGGUGGUGGCCGAAUCGCUGAAUAACACCAGCAUCAAAGGAUUCUGCUCUGGGGUGUCCCGUUCUGUCAGUGCAAAACACGUCCUUCUGAUGGAUGAGGUGGAUGGGAUGGCUGGCAGUGAAGACAGAGGUGGGAUACAGGAGCUAAUUGACCUUAUUAAGCACACAAAAAUUCCAAUAAUUUGCAUGUGUAACGACCGGAACCAUCCCAAGAUCCGUUCUCUGGUCCACUAUUGUUUUGACCUUCGUUUUCCAAGACCGAGGGUGGAACAGAUCAAGGGCGCUAUGAUGUCCAUUGCUUUCAAAGAAGGGUUAAAGGUUCCACCACCGGCAAUGAACGAACUCAUUUUGGCAGCUAAUCAGGAUAUCAGACAGGUGUUGCAUAAUCUCAGCAUGUGGUGUGCCAGAGACAAAACUUUGACUUAUGACGGUGUCAAAGAGGACGCCAGUAAAGCCAAAAAGGAUAUUAAGCUGGGUCCUUUUGAUGUCGUGAGGAAGGUUUUCGCCAACGGAGAAGAGACUUCUCACAUGUCUCUCAUAGACAAGGCAGACCUGUUCUUCCACGAUUACUCUCUGGGACCCCUCUUUGUCCAAGAAAACUACAUCCACGUCAAGCCAGCCGCUGCUAGAAACGACUUGAAGAAAGAACUCAUCUUACUUAGCAAAACCGCCGACAGUAUUUGCGAUGGCGAUUUAGUUGACCGCCAGAUUCGCGCUCGACAAAACUGGAGCCUUCUGCCCACUCAGGCCAUUUAUUCGAGCGUCCUGCCCGGGGAGCUGAUGAGAGGCAAUUUGCAAGAAUUUCCAAGUUUUCCGAGUUGGCUGGGAAAAUUUUCAUCCACUGGAAAGCAUGACCGCAUCGUCCAGGAGCUUUCUAUGCAUAUGAGUCUCAGAACGCACGCGAGUAAGAGAGACGUCAAUCUGGACUACCUGUCCUAUCUGCGAGAUGCAGUGGUGAGUCCGUUGGCUCGCCAAGGCUCUGACGGAGUCCAGGACGCUGUUGCCUUCAUGGAUUCUUACUGCUUGUUGAAGGAAGAUGUCGAAAACCUCAUGGAGGUCACCAGCUGGGCAGGCAAGCCCAGUGUGUUUUCCAAAUUGGAUUCUAAGGUUAAAUCGGCGUUCACGCGCACCUACAAUAAAGUUGCACAUCUUACGCCAUACUCCCUGCAACUUGCACCAAAGUCGAAGCGAGCGGGCUCAGUGGACAUGGAAAUGAGUGAAGAACUGGAACUGAACGAACCCGAGACCGAUCAAGGGAGCCUGGAAAGCGAUGCAAUGAUUAAGAAAAAGACCAAACCUGCCAAGCCACCAAAAGCAGAAAGAAAGGAAGAAAGGAAAAAAGGAAAAUCAAAGAAAAAGAGCUAAAUAAAAUUGUCUAUGCAAGCUUACUAUUGGACUGUGGGCACAGUAAAUGGUUGGGCAAACCAGUUGCCUUGUUAACACUGCACAGCAACGGCAGAUAUAUAUAGAUCUAUCUUUUUUGCAGAAAAAGAGGCAAACAGAAUUUAUAUUGUUCAAUUCCUGUAAAUACAGCAGGAGGCUCAGCUCUCUGGGAGAAAAAGAGUCCAAGCUGCUAGUGCUUCCCUUCACAAAGCUUUUUUUCUUUUUAAAGAAAGGCUCAUUAUGUUGCUACCCAUGUAUAUAACAGAUAAUGAACAAACCCUAAUCAGUAGUUCUUUUUUGUAUAUGAAAGUGCAGCACCGUGUAAAAGUUGCAAUAAAACUAGUUUCAUAUUUUUAA